GUUACUGGAGUGAGAGGCCAUGUGCUGAUCACUGAUCACCGAUAUUGCGAAAUUUGUGUAUCGAUUAACCGGCUAUAUAUUGACCAGCUGGUGAUCGGUUAGCCGAUUUUACUUUUGGGUUACAUUGUGAUGCAGUUUUUUUAAUAAUCUGUGCAGAGCAUAGCUGAAGUAGCUGUGAAAAUUGCUUGUUUCAGACGCAGUGCAGUGUACUUUAAUAGAAAAAGUGUCAAAUACAUGAAACAUGGCAGACUCUGGUGACAGUAAGGGGGCAACUUCUGAAUCAGCAGCUGCUGAAUCAGAUGCUAUGGACUGUCCCAGCCUGGAGGGUUCCGAUGAUUCUGACUGGGAGGAAUGUGACGAUGAUGUUGACCAAUCAGACGGCAUCGUUCUCUGCUUGUUCUGCAAGGAUGAACUCCUGUCAGCUGAGGAGGUGUUUCAGCACUGCAGAACAGAACAUCAGUUUGACGUACAAAAAUUUGUAGUCAAAAAUAACUUGGACAUGUAUGGGUACAUAAAGUUCAUCAACUACAUUCGCAGUAAGAACACCUCUCCCACAGACCUCAGUGAUUCUUCCCCAGACACAGAGGCACCAUGGAACAGUGAUCAGUACUUAAAACCAGUCCUACAAGAUGACCCCCUCCUCUUCUAUGAUGUGGAGGAGUGGACUGCUCAGUGUCCCGUUGCCAUGGAGACAGAGGACAGUGACGUCACCCUGCCAGCACAGCAGUACAGAGCUCUGCUGGACAGACUCCGACAGGCUGAGGCCAGGUCAGAGGUCACCGAGGGGCAGCUGCAUGAUGCACUGAAGGACAUCGAUCGUCUCAGACAAACAGCAAAGACCUUCAUCCUGUCAGACCAGGCCAGGGACCAUCAUGCCUUGCACCCUUCCCAUGGUGCAGUUGCACAGUUGCGGGAAGAUGAAGAUGAGGCUUACUUCAGUUCCUACUCGCACUUCAGUAUCCACUUAGACAUGCUACAGGACAAAGUGCGGACAGAAAGCUACAGGGAUUUCAUCAUGACCAACCAGCAUCUUUUCAAAGACAAGGUGGUUCUGGAUGUUGGAUGUGGAACAGGUAUUCUCUCUAUGUUUGCUGCCAAAGCUGGAGCUAGUCAGGUGAUCGCUGUGGACCAAUCAGAGAUCAUCUACAAAGCCAUGGACAUUGUCAGGGAAAACCAACUAGAUGAUGUCAUCAAGCUAAUAAAAGGUCGUGUAGAGGACAUCCAACUCCCAGUUGAGAAGGUUGAUGUGAUUAUCUCAGAGUGGAUGGGUUAUUUCCUGUUGUUUGAGUCCAUGUUGGACACAGUGCUGUAUGCUCGGGAUCGCUGGCUAGGUCCUGGCGGUGCAGUUUACCCUGACAGAUGCACUCUCAGUCUGGUUGCCAUUUGUAACGCAAAGAUGCACAGCAACCGAGUUGCAUUCUGGGACGACGUUUACAGCUUCAAGAUGACCUGUAUGAGGUCAGAGGUCACCAGGGAGGGGUCAGUUGAGGAGAUUGACCCAAAAACGGUGAUGUCAGAGCCUUCUCUCAUCAAGAUGGUGGACUGCUGUUUAGUGUCAGUAGCUGAGCUGGAUUUUACAGCAGACUUCAGUUUAAAGGCCACAAGAGAUGGGACAUGUACGGGAAUUGGUGGCUACUUUGACAUCAUGUUUGAGAAAAACUGCAGCAAUAAGGUGUACUUCUCCACUGCUCCUAACUGUAAACAAACACACUGGAAACAAACUCUGUUUCUUCUGGAGAAGCCAGUGGAACUCAAACAAGGGGACCUACUCAGUGGAAAGAUCUCUGUAAAGAAGAACAAGAAAGACCCAAGAGCUCUUGUUGUUAGAAUAGAAAUCACGAACACUGGUCAAGUGUUAGAUUUUCAGUUGCAAUAACACUUUGUCCUUUGUGGAAGCUAUGAUGGUAGCUGCUGAAGUUUCGUUAUCAACAAGACUUAUGUUUUUCACCUAUUUUCAUUACUGUUCAACUUAUUUAGGUAAUGAGGUGGAAACUUCCUUGAUUUAGCCCUGUAAAUGGGCAUAUAAGAACAAAAAGUGCAAAUGAAGGACAUCACGUCAUGUACUUUUAAUGCCACUCACAAGAAAGCUAUCCAAUGGCAUACAUUAAUCAUCAUGAUUUGAUUUCUAAUCUAAUCUGUAGAAUUCUAUUAAUUUAUCGUAGCUAGUAUUCAAAUCAUUGUCACCAAUUGUGGUAGAAAUACUUAGUGGCAAAGUACUCUAAUUUGUCUGGUAAUAAAGAAUAAGAUCAGUUAUUUGUCCUUUUUAUGUGAUUGACGUUCUUAUUUAUGCUUUGUUUCAAGAUUUGCAUGUAGAGUCCGACAUUCUUUACUAUUCUUCCUGUCUGCAUGUAAACCAUUUGACUGGGUCUACAUUAUAUUUCAUAAUUGUUAUACAACUAUGAGUAAUGAAGAAAUGACAGUAAUCCGUAUUCGGUGUAGCCAACUACAUGCAAUUUAAUGACAUGAGCUGUACAGUCAUCCAUACACUGUUUACAAAAAUAAUCAUUUCUAGGCUAAAAACCAUCGUAAUUUUUCUUGUACUAUAGGUGAACAAAAAUUCAGCAGCCAUGCCAAAACAACAGCUUUUUCUACAUCUCAGAAGUCAACUUCAUUCUUUCUUAACAGGUAACUUAUAAAAAUGCAUCAAACAUAGGCAAAUGAAGCGUAUUGUAACAUGAUACUUGUG